GCACAAACAAGUUCUUGGCCACGCUACUGCUAGAAGUUCUCCAGCAGAAGUAGAUUUAGAUCACUUAUUGCAAGAUUACUUCCAUGUCGAGGAUGUUCGGGUAUUGCGUCCAGCAGCACUGCCGAGACCUAUUUUCGCAUGGACCUGCGCAGAGAAAGAACAGGGCAGUUUAGAAACACGGAUCGAAGCCAUGAUGGAGAGCGUUCAACAAUUCGUGGCCUUCGCAAAAGAACUUUUUGGACGGGAUUAUAUCGAAGGGAUUGAUGUCUUGCCUAAAGAUACUACAGGAGUGCUGUCUACUUCUAUGUUGCCAACUACAAUGACAAGCUCAUAUUCUGGUGAAGAUUCUCGAACCACCGCCGAAAAAUCUAUUAAACCUGCCGAAGUCGAUUGGUGGAAUGCUGAGGAGCGUCGAAAAGCGCUUUUGUUGAGGGAGAUAAAGUCAACAGAAGGUCCUUCAUUACAUAAAAACAAGGAGAACAACGUGAAAACUUCCCCACUACCUCUUCGUAAGCGUUGGCGCGAGCGGUUGUUACUGGCGGUACCUGUUGUCGGUACUAACGAAUUGAGCAGCGAGACUGGCCGCGUAGUAAAGAGUUUAAUGUCGUGUCUUUAUCGGGAACUAAAGAAGCAUCCGGAAGUCGAUAUUUUGCUUUGCUGUGCUGACGAAGCAACCUUCAGCAUCGCACAAGCACUCAGAAGGCCAGCGUUGGGGGACGAGAUGCUGUUGGGAUUGGGACCACAACCGCGGCAAAAUUCUUUUGAAGGCGAGCAGAUGGAAAAUCGAACUGCUCCUGGCACUGCAGAUGUUGUAAUAUCUUCAGGAGCACCAGACGGGCAGUUUGUCGGGUCACACGGUAUAUUAUGUACGAAGUCUGCGUGUGCAGCUUCGUUUCGUAGUAUCUUACGACCAGAUCUCAUUCGUGCGGCUAGUGAUUUAGCGGAGAUGGCCUCAGGGAGAGCCGCUCAUGGUAGCAAUAAAACCGAAAGACUGGCGCUUUUUUUGGGCGCAGGAGCC